AGAGAGGAGACAGGCAACAGUUCGGACAGCAGACCUCACUGUGUCUCCAGCAGACCACAUCGCUCCCCACUGUCUCCAUUCACGGCAUUUACUGGAACCGAGCUUGAUUCAAAGCUAACAAAGCUGACUUUAUAUAGGAAGAGCACGACUUGCUCCUCUUGCAGUUGAAUGGAAAUAAAAGAGACUCUGUGACCUUGGAAGAUGAAGAUGUUGUUGCCAUGGGAACUCUUAAUCCUGCUGUCACUCAAGAGCUGCCUAGCAGAGAGGAUUAUUCGACAUGGCCCAGUGUUCACCCAAGAGCCCAGUGACAGUGUUUUCCCUUUAAGCGCAGAGGACAACAAGAUAUUUAUUAACUGCAAAGCCAAGGGAAGUCCAGCACCACAUUACAAGUGGAAAUUCAACAGGACAGAUCUUGAUAUUGACAUGGACUACAGCCUUGUUGAGGGAAACCUUUUGAUCAAUAACCCUCAGGCAACUAAACACGGUGGUGUUUACCAGUGUAUCGCCACUAAUGCAUUUGGAACCAUCCUGAGCCGAGAGGCUAAAGUGGAGUUUGCAUACCUGCAGAAUUUCAGCAGCAAGGCCAGAAGUCCAGUAUUAGUGAGAGAAGGACAGGCUGUUGUGCUCCUGUGUGGUCCGCCGCCCCACUUUGGAGAAAUCAGAUACUCCUGGAUAUUCAAUGGCCGCCCCAGCAUUGUUGUUGGGGACAACCGACGAUUUGUGUCCCAGAGGACUGGAAACUUGUAUAUUGCAAAAGUUGAGACAUCAGACGUGGGCAACUACACAUGUGUGGUAAGGAAUGUGAUGACCAAUACAACCGUCUACAGUUCCCCAACUCCAGUGGUGUUACGUCGGGACGCUGUGAUGGGGGAAUAUGAGCCAAAGAUUGAAGUCCAGUUUGAAAAAAUGCUCCACGUUGCCAAAGGAUCAUCGGUUCGACUGGAGUGUUUCGCUUUAGGAAAUCCAGUGCCUUCUAUUUCCUGGAAGAGAGCGGACGGAAGCCCCUUCCCAGGAAAAAUGAAGAUAAAUCACUCAAAUGGUGUCCUAGAGAUCCCAUAUUUCCGUCCAGAGGAUUCUGGACUUUAUGAAUGUGUGGCCGAAAACUCCAAAGGACAUAGUAUUGCUAAAGGUCGUCUUGUAUUUCAAAAUGUGGAACACCUGCAGUGGUCGCAGACUCUGUAUGACGCAAACAUGGCUAUUGAGUCUGAUCUUCACUGGGAGUGCAAGGCUAAUGGAAAACCUCAACCUGUUUACCGAUGGCUCAAGAAUGGACAGCCUUUGGUCUCUCAGGACAGAAUUCGUGUUGAUGGUGGCGGGUUAACCAUCUCCAACAUAAACCGGAUGGAUUCUGGGAUGUAUCAGUGUUUGGCAGAGAAUGAUAACGGAGUCAUAUAUGCAAGUGCCGAGCUCAAAGUUGUGGCCUCUCCUCCAGACUUCUCAAAAAACCCAGUGAAGAAGACCACGCUGAUCCAGAGAGGUGGGGAAGCUAUCAUCGAAUGCCGGCCGCAUGCGUCCCCCAGAGCUUCCUACUCUUGGAGGAGAGGCAACGAGUUCCUAAAAGACAGCAAGAGGCGGACCAUCUCAGAGGAUGGCACCCUCAGAAUUGCCAAUGUUACCAAAUCCGACGUAGGGAGGUACACUUGUGUCGCCAAAAACCCCUUUGGUACAUCCAGCAGUUCUGGGACUUUAGUGGUCAAAGAACCAACCAAGAUUACAGUCCCUCCUUUGAGUAUGGAUGCCACAGUGGGGGAGAGCAUUGUCUUGCCGUGUGAAGUAUCUAAAGACUCCACUCUACACCCCGUCUUCAAGUGGUUCUUCAACGGAAAGCUCAUCGAUUUCAGUAGACACGAUCACUUCGGGAUGAUUGGAGGGGGCUCUUCUGGGGAUCUUAUGAUCAGGAACGUGCAGCUGAAACACUCUGGGAAGUACGUCUGCAUGGUGCAUACCGCAGUGGACAGUGUGUCUGCAGCGGCAGACUUAAUUGUCAGAGGGCCCCCUGGUGCUCCAGUGGGUGUGUUGGUGGGGGACAUCACAGACAGGAUUGCUCAGCUCUCGUGGGGCCCCGGACCUGACAACCACAGUCCCGUUACCCUCUACAGGGCCCCCUGGUGCUCCGGUGGAUGUAAAAGACCAUUGAGCCACACCUCAUGGAAAGGAAGUGUUCGGAUUUGCCACCAAUCCCACAUGUAUAAAUCCCGUUUCUUCUGUUCUGGUGUCUGUUCUCUGUUUUGGCUGGCAGGUCCUGAAGUCGCCCCAGCUAACGUGAGUGGAGGGGGAGGAAGCCGAGGCGAACUCGUGAUUGUUUGGGAGCCUGUGCCGGAGGAGCUACAAAAUGGAGAAAAGUUUGGAUAUGUGGUGGCAUUUCGUCCCCUUGGCACCACAACAUGGAAGCAGAGCGUGUUGGCCUCGGCAGAUGCAUCACGAUACAUUUAUAAAAAUGAUACUUUUCUGCCACUCACUCAGUUUGAAGUAAAAGUCGGCGUAUACAAUGAGAUCGGAGAGGGACCGUUUAGCCCUGUGGUCAUUGUAUAUUCAGCAGAUGAAGAACCUUCAGUAGCUCCUCCCAGAGUCUGGGCCCGCAGUUUGUCCGCGUCUGAGAUCGAGGUAUUCUGGGAACCUGCUCACCAAAGCGGCAGCAAAGGACGGAUAACAGGCUAUGAGGUGCAGUGGUUGGAGGAUGGGUCACCUGAAAGCGAUGCAGAGAGAGUAAGGGUCACGGAAAGCUCAGUCAAAAUCACGGGUCUGAAGGGAAGCACGCUUUAUCUGAUGUCAGUCAGAGCACACAACAGCGCGGGCACCGGGCCCUCCAGCGCACCCAUCAGCAUCACCACCAAGAAGCCACCUCCAAGUCAACCCCCAGGGAACAUUGAAUGGAACCUGACAAACUCAAAAGUCUUUCUGAACUGGGAACAUGUGAAGGCGAUGGACAAUGAAUCAGAAGUAACCGGCUAUAAGGUUGUGUAUCGUCAAAGCUGGCACAGGGGAAGCAGCGUAGUCGAGACCAACAGGACGUCCGUGGAGCUUCAGUUGCCAUCAGAAGAGGACCUGCUCGUUCAGAUCAAAGCCCUGAGUGACGGAGGAGACGGCAGCAGCAGCAGCCCUAUACGUAUUCCAAAGAUGUCAAGCCUGAACUCAAGGGGAUACUUCAGUUCAGACGCAAGCAAGAUGGCCCAUGUUCACGGAGUAGUGUUUCUGAUCUUGUCAUGGUUGUUUUCAUAGAACUUUGCCUUUAUUUAAAGCUGAAGUGUGACACUAAUAUCGCCAAAUGGAAUUUCAAAAACGAUUAUGGUUUCCCAAACACUGUCUGCUGCAGAGAGAAAUCAACCUAAAAAUGACUUACUUUGAAUUGCUGAAUAGAUAUGAGGAAAUAU